CUCCCUUUUCUUUUUUCUUUUUCUUCCGCCCUGUGCUUCCAGUAAAUGUUUUUCUUCUGCAUGCUAUGUGUUUGAUGAAAAGCUUGAGUGGUUCUGUACUGAAGUGGGUCUUGUAUGCAUAACUGCCACAAAGGGACUCUCCUUUCUCCUUGUCAGCAACAAGUACACGCAUACUGCACACCCUCCAAAUUUUCUUCUACAUCUUCAACACUGAUAAUAAAGUUUCUGGUAGCAGCAUUUUUUUUUCUGUUGUAUAACUUUUUUUUUUCUUUUCUGGGCUGGAAAAGGGUUAAACGCCAGGAAUUUCACUGCCAGAAACGUUCAACACCAUGGCAACUGAAACUGACUCAAGAGAUAGCGCUCUCUCUUUGCUCAAACAAGGAGCGGAGGCUAGGGUUUUUGAGUCUUCUUUUGUGGGAAGGAGAUGUGUUGUCAAGGAGCGCUUCUCAAAGAAGUACAGGCAUCCAACUUUGGAUUCUAAAUUGACACUGAAGCGCUUAAAUGCGGAGGCGAGGUGCGUGACCAAAGCAAGGAAACUUGGGGUUUGUACUCCUGUGCUGUAUGCUGUGGAUCCUGUGUUGCACACUUUAACGUUUGAGUAUGUCGAGGGCCCUUCAGUCAAGGAUAUAUUUCUUGAAUUUGGUUCUCGUGGCCUUGGUGAAGAGGGUCUGGACAACAUUGCUACCCAAAUUGGUCAUUCAAUUGGAAAACUGCAUGAUGGUGGUCUUGUUCAUGGUGAUUUAACAACAUCAAACAUGUUGCUCAAGAAUGGUACCAAUGAGUUGGUUCUUAUUGAUUUUGGUUUGAGCUUUACUUCAACUCUACCGGAAGACAAAGCAGUUGAUUUGUAUGUUCUGGAAAGAGCUAUUCUGUCAAUGCAUUCUUCAUGUGGCAAUGUGAUGGAUCGGAUACUUACUGCAUACCGGAAGUCAUCAAAACAGUGGUCAUCCACAUUGAACAAGUUGGCAGAAGUGAGGCAAAGAGGACGAAAGAGGACCAUGGUUGGAUGAAGCUUUCUCAAAUUGGAAUUCGUUAGAGAUAUAAAAGGGAAGACAACUAAUGAAUGUUAUUGAUGUAAUUUAUCUCUCUGUUAUCUAUGUUCAUGAGUUUGAUUAUACAUUGUCAAUAGAAAACAUUUUUAUAAGAACGUGUAAUGAGAUUCUGACGAUUUUACCUUGGUAUCUUACUCCUUAAUAUGUUGUUGUGAUAAGAUACAUUAUGUUUGAGAUAUUAUUUUACAUUUACAGUGUGUAUAAAUUAACUCAUGAAGUGAUGAUUAAUUUAUAUAAUAAGUGUAAAACAUUAAAUUUUUAA